UAAUAUCAGUCAGAAAGCUCUCAUUGAGCGCAGCUUUCAAGGAGCAAGCGGCAAGUACGUGCGCGCAAGAGAGUUAAAAACGAGGACAUUUGCUUUUCAACGAUAUAGCCGCAGCGCCCACAUCGCCAGUAUGUGGAGCCCACAAAAAGGUCCUACACGGCUGUGGGACCUUAGACUGUGUAGCUGUAUAUUUAUUUUACAUUUAAUGUUUAGUUUAGUCAUAGCUGGUAAUGAACUGUGGCCCAUGGAUCGGCCAGAUGGUAUGCCAAACAUAGUUUCACUGGAGGUCAUGUGCGGUAAGGAUCACAUGGACGUCCAUUUGACAUUCUCGAAUCCCUUCGAAGGCAUUGUCAGCUCCAAAGGACAACACAGUGAUCCACGCUGUGUGUAUGUGCCACCGUCGACGGGCAAGACGUUCUUCUCGUUUCGCAUCUCGUACUCGCGCUGCGGCACCAAACCGGAUCUCAACGGCCAGUUCUAUGAGAAUACGGUAGUCGUGCAGUAUGACAAGGAUCUGCUGGAGGUCUGGGACGAGGCGAAGCGCUUGCGCUGCGAGUGGUUCAACGACUAUGAGAAGACCGCCUCCAAGCCCCCAAUGGUAAUUGCCGAUUUGGAUGUAAUACAGCUUGACUUUCGCGGCGAUAAUGUUGAUUGCUGGAUGGAGAUCCAGCAUGGCAAGGGACCCUGGGCGCCGCCGGUGAGUGGAAUAGUGCCGCUAGGAUCAACGCUCACUCUGGUCGUGGCCAUCAACGACUAUCGCGGUGAGUUCGAUAUGCGGGUCAAGUCUUGCGUCGCCUCGGACGGAUCGGGACAUGUGAUCAAUUUGUCGGAUGAGUUUGGCUGUGUGCUGCGUCCCAAGAUGAUUUCACGCUUCCUUAAGGCGCGCGCUCCCGAUGAGCGGGCAACGGUCAUUACCUAUGCCUUCUUCCAUGCCUUCAAGUUUCCGGAUGCGCUCAGCGUGCACAUCAAGUGCAAGGUGGAGAUCUGCCGGCAUGGCUGCCUGGAUCACUGCCAGAACACGGCAGCUGGCGAUGGACUGGGCCCGGCCAUAAGCAAUGCGCAUGAGCGCAAGGAUGUGCACAUUGGCGACGCGAUGGGCAGCAGCAGCAACAAUGAUCUGCACAGGGAUCUGGCCAUGCCGCCAGCUAACAUGGGCCAUGGAUCGCAGAGUCAGAUACAUCAUGGCAUGGGCUCAUCCAUGGGCAUGGAUCAUGACAUCUUCUACGAUGACAUCAUACACGAUCACAAGCAGACCAUGGGCGGUCCUGGCCCCGAUCUGUACGAGGAGAAGAGCGGAAAUCUACAGCCACGGCCCGUGCACGAGGAUCCCGAUGAGGAGGUCGAUCUGUCCGAUUUGUUUGGUGACGAUGAUCUGAGCGACAUGGAUGGUGAUGGCGAACGUUACUUGGGCUUGAAGAAGAGCGGCAAAUUCCCGCAUGGACCACGCCAGCUGGAGGCGCAGAAGCGCAUGGGCGUGCCCAUGGCCGGACCACGGUCCUUGGAGCCCAAAUCGGAUCUGGAGGAUGUGCCGCGUCCCGUUUACCGGCCACAAGCCGAGGCGCUGAAGAAGCCACGCGAAGAUCACAUCGACUUGGACGAGCCAAAUGCCAACAGCUCCGCGGAGUCCACAACGACAGAGUCGCCGUCAGGCAGUCCCCGGCGUCGCCGAUCGCUGGUCAUAGCCGAUCGUAAGGUGCGCAGCGCCGAUGUCGGAGUCAGCGGUCUGUACGACGUCAUCUCCGAGGCGGAUCUGGCCUUUUCGCCGGACUCUAAGCAGGAGGCGGUAACCGUAUUCCAGGGCAAGAUCAGCGAGGAAGUGGUCUACGGCAUCUGCAUGCCAGUGCCGGGCUUCAGCAUACUCUUCAUCGUGGUCAUCUCGGCGACCAUUGUCUCGGCGCUCAUUGCCGGCUCGCUGCUCUAUCGCUAUCAGCUGCAGAAGGAGGCGUUCGAAAAGCAGACGCCUAUGCCGGUGCCGGGCACCCUGGCCUCCUGGAUGACGUUGCGACUCUUCCGCUUGCGACACCUGCAACAGCAGCAGCAACAACAGCAGCAGCAACAGUUGCCCACCCCCGUUGCUGGCCAUGAAACGGUGCAGUGAGCCGAUUGCGUUCAGCUCCCUAACUAGCAUCCAUCUC